UCACUGAGUGGUCAAAGCGAGGGGCAUCAUCCUGGCUCUGCACUGUGGGGAUGCCCUUACGACGCGUCGACAGCACUGCCUGCCCAGGGACUGUAUUUUACUGGGUGAGAUUCCUUAGACCCGCUGGACGGCGGCUUCUGCUUCUACAACGAGACUUGUGGUAACACGUGAAUAGAUACGUGUGCGCCACAAUGAAUCCACACGACGAUGAAGUUAGAUAUUGGCGUGACCUCGCCAUGCGGCGGGGACACGAGGGACUCGACCCCGAUUACAUUAACAGUGCUAUCAGGGACAUAUACGAAAACAACUUUCGCCGCAGCGAUCAUGAUAUUCAUCAAACCAGGCGAUCUCGUACCCCGCAUCCUCAUCAAGCUUACACCUCUCACAUCCCUCGUGCUCAUACCUCGCGCGGAUAUCGUGGCGACGAACCUCAUCCCCGUGCCCAGAGUCAAACUCGUGCUCCAUUCCUGAGACCAGUCCCACUCCCAGAAGAGGUGGUAACCCCUGUCAUUCCCCCCAGUACCCCACGUGAUCAUCCGUCAUCUACCUGGACAGACUAUCCCUACUCGGGAAUCCAGCUUCAUCCGCUAUUCCAACCUCCGUAUCUCCGCCCACCACCGUCUUUCCAACAACAGCCACACAGCUCGCAUAUACCCGCGUAUCAUCGAGUGACAGAGCUCAACUCUGCCCGCCCUUCGCACACACACCAGCCACCUUUGAAUGAAGGAAUUCGGAUCAAUCCGGAACCAAUGCUAUCGAAUUACCAAGCACCAUGGCAUCCGCCAUUCGACCAUAACACGCCAGGGACGUCGCAAGUACCGCAACCACCCCCUGCACCCACCUCCGGGCUAUAUGCGUUCCAUAUUCCUGCUCAUUCACUACCCUACCCACGCCCAUACCCCUAUGUGCCAGCGAGAACGUUCCGGACCGGAAAUACCGGAUAUGGACAAACGCCCGGAUCGGCACCUGCACCGCCCCCGGCCUCAGCACCGGUGCAACAACCACCUGGUCCGUACAUGGCAGGCUAUUUAUCGGGUGGAUGGCCUCUCUCUGGUCCAUCUCCGUGGUUGCCUCCGUUAGCACCGGGCGUUGCACCCGGUUCAGAGAGCGUCCCACAGUGGAGUCCUGGAACCUGGCCACCAUUGCCGUGGCCCACUGACGUUCCUGUCCGACUCGCCCCAUGGCUCAUUCCUAAUCCUGUAAAUCCCGGUGUUCCCCAGAUAGAAUGGGAUGUGAGUACACAUCCCACCACAGCUCGACGUGUCACCGGUGCACAUAUUAUCCUACCCUUGGACUCGGGAGGGGGUGGGAGCACGGGCACUGGAAUAGAUCGCGAACCAGCGACACUACCUCCAUCCGAGAGAAUAAUUGUGCUAUGUGACGUUGGCUGGAUCAGCCAACUCUGGGGCCCGAUCGUCAUCGAACGACCGGGAGGAAGAGUCACGAUUCGUGACCUUCUCGAACGUAUAUAUGCGUUCUUCCAAACACACCUUACAGCUGCUGAAGUCGAGUAUAUCUCCUCUCUAGAACCAAACAAUUAUGGUUUGCUAGUAGACGCUUACCAGAGGAGGACGACGCAGAGACGUUUGGGUGUGUUGAGAGAUUGGGAGUGGAGGGAGGGGAUGCGGCGGGUGGAUUGUCUUCAGGAUCGGAGGUGGUGGUGGGGGGUGUGGGUGACCUAUAAUUCGGAUGAGACGUGGCAUUUAAAUUUGGGAUUCAUGAAUCCUGCACACCGGAAUAUAUAACCGGUGUUUUCAUGGGGGUGCAUGCGUACCUGUGCUAUCAUCUGUGUUGAGCAUACACCACGAUUCGCCAGGUAAGUCAUCAGACUUUCAAGCAUGAACGGGGACGACUGACAAAAAUAUUAAUCGAGGUGCAUAUGAGCACUGGACAGUCGUCACGCGAACAGGUUGAGCUUCUGGCAGG